AUGAUCCCUUCCACGCUACUACUUAUACACUUCAGCGCCACAUCUGCUGCCAGAGCACUGAACUCAAACAACGAGACUGAAGAAGUCACAUUACCCUCCCGAACAGAGAGAGCGCGAGCAAUCGCUCACAUCGAGUACCAACACUCCGAAUUACUCCUUCACCAUUAUUUUUCAACAGCCUCCAAGCUUAAUGAACCCAGCCACCAAAACGCCAGCCGCAAAACAAUAUGCACAAACGACGUCAAGUUCGCCAUCCCACCCACGGAGCUAGAGUUCAAAGGCUGGAAACACUCACCAAGACGAAACAUAUUAGUAAUGAUACUGCUCAUGAGAGAGGCAACCCACGAGACCAUAGACUACGCAAGUGCUGAGAAAAAGCGAAUGCUAGACCGCUUAUCUUACAUCUGGAGUUUAUAUAGGAUAGUCAAAAAUACUCACACUCUGUACUGGCUUAGCUAUCUGCUAGACAUGGAAAUCCGCAAGAAACUUGGAACUUUGUCGUGGGGCAUUUUAAGCAUACCCGGGCGCGGGGUUUUGUGCCAACCUCUGGAUCGAACGGGGACGAUAUUCGACACUAUUGGUGGUGCAGAAGGGCGGAUUUGGCGAGACAAGUCCUAA